AUGGAAUGGUGGUCUGUCUUCCGCACAGCCCGGAGAGCUGUUUUCGGUGUACUGUCUAUUGUCAGUUUGGUUUGGGCGAUUCUUCUCUCUGUCUACCUCGCUCGCGAGUGGAAAGACGCGGUAGAGGCACAGCGCGUGAUCGUACUACUGAUGAUAUGCAUGAACGCCGUGUUCUCCGUACUACUAUAUCUUAUGAUCGUAGUAGUUUUCGAAUUUUGGCUCGAGUUUGCGAGGACAGGUUUCUUAUUUGCUGCCCACCUCGGGGUUGCUGUGUCCUUGACAAUUGUAGGACAUACGUUCGACUGUUCCGUCUUCAAAUCCCAGAACAUAUGCACGGGCACGUACCGCUUCUCGUUAUUCAUGGAGUGGACGAUGGCGAUCGUUUUCCUCCUGCACGCGAUCACUCUUUGCUUGAUGUCGCUUGUUCCACAGCCACGACCAGAGGAACUCAUCAUACCUAAGGAGAAGCUUGUACACGACGUCGAGGGGCAAUUCCACGAAAUCGACCUGAAGAGCGCGUCUGCCGCGCUCAGUCCCGGCCUCGAGGUGACUAAGGUGGAACGCGUGUCGGUCGCGCCGGCUAUGCUCAUGACCCUCGGCUCGACGCCUACACGCGGGCCAUGGCACUAUGCGCGCACGGCGACACCGGAGACACCCUCGCGAUCCAACACGAUCAAUGACCUGCCUUCACUCCCUUACGGCGCGUUGUCUGUCGCUGGAUUCGUCGGCGAAGGUACAGGCCGCGCGAGUCCCGCACCAUCGUACAGUUCUACGGAUCUAGCGUUCCCUCGAGGAGCCCCCACUCCGACGACACGUCGCAUGCGAUCACUGCGGCUGAACCGCUACGCCGUCGACCCUCUCGCGCGCAACGGCUCAGUGAACUCGCUGGCGCCCUCGUCCGACUCCUCCCAUAGCGCGUACAGCCAGAUCUCGAGCGCAACUAUCGGCGGCUUCCCGCGUCCUCCACAGGCAGUCGUCCUGAAGCGAUCGUCCUCAGACGCGUCUAGUCUUUCCCAAGGACCGAAGAGUGCAGUUCCGCACAAUUUCCCGCCCCAGCUGCGUCCAGGCACACCGACCACCGCUCGCGGGUUUAACUUCCCCAGGGUGCCCACAGUCUAUUCCCCAUCGACGAACGGCCCCUCGCGCGCAGACACUGCGACGCCGGAUUCGUUUCAUUCCGUCGAGCCUAGUCUGUGUUUCAUAGACCCUAAGGAGAGGGAAGGAGCUCCAGCCGGCGAACAGGACGAGAAAGCGAAACUGCUAGCGCGCCAGUCGAUGGGCCUCACCCGCCAACCGACGCAGCGACUCCAGCUGCCGAACCCCUUCAGUCCCGAAGGCAAGAUCAUGCGCAGCCCCACGAUCUAGACGCUUAGGUCUCUCCCAUCGUCCAGAAUACUCCUUUUCCGGAGGCGGUCCUCUGACAACGACACGCACGUCCGGCUGUCAGACGUGUGUUCCGAACCAGGAGACGUGUCAGUAACCCAGAGUGGACAAUUCUCAUCAUCAAGGGCCAUGGAAUUUGUUGUUGGACAUACGGCACCCAUGUCAGUCGCUCCUGUCUCACGUCAGUCGA